UCCUGACACCCGUGUCCACUGACAGUGGAGAUAAACUGUUGCGAACAUUUGUGAUCACAAAAGAAGUGAGAGAGAGAGAGAGAGAGAGGAAGACUCCAACAGUUAGUUCAGGGGGGUUAAAUCCCAUUCCUCCACUCCCUCCUUCGUUCCUUUGCGUUGUGUCUUUUGUCGCGGACUUUUGCUCUUCCCCGGCACCGUUGAUCAGAGUGAGUUAAUACCCUCAGUAGUUUCUCCUAUGGGAACGGGAGCAGAGACGAGGUGAAAUUCACACUGGACACACACCAAUAGCUGAUGGAAGUACGUCGUCGGGACCGACCGUAGAAUCGUUAGGAGGAGACAGUCAUUGUACAGGAGGGGCAGAAGGCUGGUAGUCUGUUCCUGUGAGGUGUGUGCUCAUGGACCUGCGCAUGGGUGAACGUGUGAUGCGCCCGGGUUCGGACACGGCCCUCCUCACCCCUCUGCACCCCCCUCUGCUCCUCAAUCCGUUCAGUCCGCAGCCCUGUGCCCCCUACAGCCAACAACAGUUACAGCAACACAUACGGUUUAACAUGGAACAGCGUUUACGUGAACAAGAGCAGGAGAAACAACAGGAGCUGCAACAGCUCCGACACAAAGACAAGAGUCAGCAGAGUGCAGUGGCCAGUUCUGUGGUGAAACAGAAACUUCAGGAGGUGAUUCUGAAGAAGCAGAAACAAGCUGCUCUGGAGAGGACCAACUCCAACCCUCUCAGCACUCCUCCAGUGGGCUACCGGGAGUUGGCUCCAGACCCAAAUGUUCCCCACCAGCCUCUGUUAUCAUCUCCUCCACAAACCCUCAGUGAAGGCACUGAUGAAACACCACUGCGCAGAGCAGCAUCGGAGCCCAACUUGAAGGUGAAGCAUAAGCUAAAGAAGCACUUGAACACACGAAAGAGCCCACUGACACGCAAAGAGAGUGCCCCACCAACCGUCAAACACCGGGUCCCUGACACUCUGGACUCAUCCCCCAGCAGUAGUAGCACUCCAGUGUCUGGCUGCAGUUCACCGAAUGACAGUCUACCCAAUGAGAAUGGAGUGCUGCCCCCUACUGCUAGCCUGUCCCAUGAGGCUCAGAGACUGUUACUGCAGGAUGGCUCUCUGGCCCAUUUUACCGUUCAGAAUCCAUCAACUCUGCCCACCAUCACGCUUGGUCUGCCUGCCAAUUCUAAGGGUGAAGGGGACAUCUCUGCGCUGAAGGUGGGCCGUGUGCCUAUGGUGGCCGGGGGAUCUCAGGUCUUUGUGCCGCUUGGUGUGGAGGAUCAGAGUGCUCAGCUCAUGCAGCCUGUCCUCAUUCUGGAACCAUCCGGUCUGGUGCACACGCCUUUGGUGGCCGUUCCAGGUUUGGGUCCAGUGCCACUGCAGUUUGCUCCACCCCCUGGGCCUCAUAAGCCACUGAGCCGCACCCGCUCCGAGCCCCUCCCACAGAGUCCUCGCACUCUGCACACACACCUACUGCAACAGCAUCAUAACACACAGCUUCUGGAGAGACUCAAACAACAGACACACCUGGGCAAGUUAAUGUCUAAGUCAAGUGAGAAACCACGUCUCAAGCAAAUUCCAUCUGAGGAUAUGGACUCUGAAGAGGUGGGGCCAUCUAUCGGAGAUGUCCAUCAAAACAGAGCAAGGGCGGAGUCAUUACGAGAGGCGGAGUCACUGAGAGAAGCCGAGAGUCAAAGCGAGCAGAUCAACCUCCAGCACACACUCAUCCUCAACCAGUCACGCUUGUGGGAGACGCAGAAACAGCUGCAACAACUGCGCAGACAGACUGCCCACAUGGAGACACUUGCAGUACCCAUGAUGCUUGGUGGCGUACACCGCCCGCUUUCCCGCACACAGUCCUCUCCUGCCUCCACGUCACUCACGUUACCUGACAAAACUCUGCCUAUUGCCACAGCAACAGAGACCCCCCUCACCCAGCCACGCUUCACCACCGGCCUCGUGUAUGACUCUCAGAUGCUGAAACAUCAGUGUACAUGUGGAGACAACAGCAGCCACCCGGAACAUGCUGGAAGAAUCCAGAGCAUUUGGUCUCGUCUACAGGAGAGAGGCCUCAGAGGCCAGUGCGAGAGUAUCCGGGGCAGGAAGGCCACUCUAGAGGAGCUACAGUCGGUACACACUGAGCGCCAUGUGCUGCUCUAUGGCACAAAUCCUCUCAACCGCCUCAAACUGGACAACCGUAAACUGGCCGGCAUUCUCUCACAAAGGAUGUUUGUGAUGCUGCCGUGUGGUGGAGUUGGGGUGGAUAAUGACACCAUCUGGAAUGAGAUGCAUACCUCCACAGCGUCUCGCAUGGCUGCAGGCAGUGUGACUGAGCUGGCCUUCAGAGUGGCCAAGAGAGAGCUAAAGAAUGGCUUUGCUGUUGUAAGACCACCGGGACACCAUGCGGAUCCAGCCAACCCAAUGGGCUUUUGCUUUUUCAACUCAGUGGCUAUUGCUGCUAAGCAACUCCAGCAGAAAUUAAACCUCAGUAAAAUCCUCAUUGUCGACUGGGAUGUUCACCAUGGCAACGGCACACAGGAAAUCUUCUACAGUGAUCCCAGUGUGCUCUACAUAUCACUUCAUCGCUACGACAACGGAAAUUUUUUCCCUGGCAGCGGGGGACCAGAAGAGGUUGGCGCUGGAGCAGGAGAAGGAUUCAAUGUGAAUGUGGCCUGGACCAGUGACCUAGAUCCACCAAUGGGUGAUGCUGAGUACCUCGCUGCUUUCAGAACUGUAGUGAUGCCCAUAGCUCAGGAGUUUUCCCCCGACGUGGUCCUGGUGUCAUCGGGCUUUGACGCAGCCGAAGGACAUCCGGCUCCUCUGGGCGGUUACAAAGUCACGGCCAAAUGUUUUGGUUUCCUGACCCGGCAGUUGAUGACGCUAGCAGGUGGGCGUGUAGUGAUGGCUUUAGAGGGGGGUCAUGACCUCACGGCCAUUUGUGAUGCGUCAGAGUCAUGUGUCAGUGCUCUGCUCGGAGUGGAGGAGCCUCUGUCCGAGGAGGUUCUGCUACAACAACCAAAUGCUGGCGGAGUGCUCUCACUGCAGAAAGUCCUCCAAAUACAAAGUCAGUACUGGUCGUGUCUCAAACCACUGAUGGGGACUGUGGGUUUGUCGUUUCUGGGUGCUCAGAGACGGGAUUGUGAGGAAACGGAUACAGUGAAUGCUCUUGCCUCUCUCUCUGUGGGAGUCCUGACUAGCAAGAGUCCACCAGAUGAGCCCAUGGAGCACGACCAGGAUUCCAUGUAGGUUUCACCUUUGACCUCUGAGAAAUGACCUCCAAGUACCCUUUAGAACUUCUCGACACCAAAAGACCGCAGAAGAAGAGUUGUGUUUCUCAGUCUUAAAGACCAGUAGUGCCUGUGAGGAUGGCUCUGCUCCUUUAUCCUUAACUCCACCCCUGGUAACCGAAGGUGCUCCUGAAUUUUCUCGCAGACUCCGCCUCAUCUUGACAGAGAACUCACCCUCUUUGCAUCACCUCUGCCAAGGCAUGGCAUUUGAGCAUGGCUCAGAACAGAGUGGUUAAGCUCGGGUCCCCGCCCACCCGUUCCGUGAUCAUAGGCUUGCGGUCCUGCCCAUUAUUACAUGGACUGACCAAACAAACUCUUAUGGAUUGACAUGAGAAACCUGAGCAGUGUGUUUUAACUCUUCGAUGAAAAGAAUACAAUAUGAAGUUUUCAAACCAAGGCAUUCUAAGCAAUACUCACUGUUUUAAGCCUUACGAUUCUCGUGUGUCUUGGAGAUGAGAAAGGGCAAAUUUUGAGAGGAAAGAAAUUAAAGAGUAUAAAAAUGACAAAAACAAGCGGCCUUUGAACACGGACCUUUUAAUACGGCAUCCCAUUUUCGCUGCCUCUUGUGAAAAGGACCAUUGAAGAACUGCGAGAGUUUUUCUGGGAUUCUUGCACCUGGCAACUACAAAGUGGGUCCACUCUUAAUGAUGUCAUUAAUAUUCAUUCAUUCUAACCACUAAAGA